CCUCAUCAGUUUAUACUGUUAAGGCCUAAAGAAAAGUUCUCAGAACUUCUGAUUUCCUUCCUAAUUUUGCCCCUAAAGCGUUUCUCCUUCUCCGCGAGGAGACGAGGAUUAGAUUUCCCAGAAACUGAAACCCUAGAAAGCCCUCACUGAAGCACAAUGGAAGGUUUCGAAGAGUGGAAAUCUCAGGCCGAACAAUGGGCGAGUCAAGCUCUCCAAUACAUUCACCAGAUUCCCCCAAAUCAGCUCUACGCUGCUUCCGGAGUUCUUCUCUUCACGAUCCUUUUCCUCUUCUUCGUUCGUUUGUUCAAGCGCACCAAGUCCAACACCAUUGUGCUUACCGGGCUUAGUGGUGCUGGAAAGACCGUUCUUUUCUAUCAGCUGCGAGAUGGCUCUUCGCAUCAAGGAACUGUUACAUCAAUGGAGCCAAAUGAGGGCACCUUUGUUUUGCAUUCUGAGAAAACAAAGAAUGGAAAGACAAAGCCUGUCCAUCUAGUCGAUGUUCCUGGGCAUUCUCGUCUUCGACCUAAGCUAGAUGAGUUUUUGCCUCAAGCAGCUGGUGUUAUUUUUGUGGUGGAUGCUUUAGAAUUUUUACCAAACUGUCGUGCUGCUUCAGAGUACCUUUAUGACCUUCUAACCAAGGCAAGUGUUGUGAAGAAGAAGAUUCCGGUGCUCAUUCUGUGCAACAAGACAGACAAAGUGACAGCACAUACCAAGGAGUUUAUCCGAAAGCAAAUGGAGAAAGAAAUUGACAAACUACGGACGUCAAGAAGUGCAAUAUCCGAUGCCGAUAUUGCAAAUGAGUUUACACUUGGGGUACCCGGCGAAGCAUUUUCAUUCUCUCACUGCUAUAACAAUGUCACGGUCGCAGAAGCUUCGGGUUUGAAUGGUGAAAUUUCUCAGGUGGAGCAGUUCAUUAUGGAGCAUGUCAGGCCCUAGUUAGGUUUUCUAUAACAUCCCCUGAUAUCGAAAUGUUUAGGCUUUUAAGCACUUUGCUUGAAGACCAUCUCCUGAUCUUUGGAAGCAAAGAGCCACAGAAAGCGAGGGAAAGAAUGUAAAAUCGUAGGCAAGAAAAAACAAGAGAGAGAUCUCAAGUAAUGUUUUGGCGAGUGAGAGGUCCUUCAUAGUCGAAACAAUGCCAGAGAACUGCUUUGGAUGAUCUAUUGCAAUUUGAAAAUCUUCAGGUGGCACAAUUAAAUUACAUGGCGGCUGUUUCUAUUUGAA